AUGUACUCAGUCGUCGAGUUCCCUGACGAGGAAGCUGUUGAAGUAGUACUUUCAAACUGGAUUAAUCCAGAAGGGAAACAAUUGGCCCACAUUCCGAUGUCGGAUCCUCAAACUUAUGAUAAUUACUUAUCCGCAAGAGAAGCUGCUAAUUUGGCGCAAGACACGUCGGGCCUAGAGUCUGACUCCAAUAACGAUCGACGGGUCAAAAAAAAGCCUACCAGUAAAUCAAAAACAGUGCUGCCAGAAACUGAUUCGGAUAGUGAUCACUCAUCGUCACAAAUAUUACAAGGGAAGUCUGCCGACCAUCAAUUUGCGUCCCCACUAACUUCUCUACAGAUAAACAUUCCACAGAUUCCAGGAGAAAACACGGUGUCUGAAGAGGGAAUAAAUUUCAUUCCAAAUCCCGACCAUAUCGCAUCGUAUUCAAAUUCAAAUCUUUCAAUUGGACUGGAGCAGUCUUCACAAGUACCUUUCGCACCCAUUGUAACCAAUUUUGAGGUGGAAUAUGCUACUAAGGAUGAUUUGAUGAAGUUCCAAAAGGUGAUGGUUCGACAUUUGGUACAAAUCCAGCAGACCCAAAACGAAAUUUGCAAACAUUUCCUACUGCUAAAAACAGCGUGUAACAAGAAUCCGGAACCGGAAGAUUUCUCCACUCUGCCACCGAUUCCAGUUGACACUGUGGAUGGCCUCAAAGGGGUUGAAACGUAUUUAGAAGAAAAUAAGGAAAAUCGAAGGUUAAUGAUUUCCUACCUAUCUCUACUUGACGGGAAGGACGCUGAAGAUAUUACGAGGACGAUUCUUGAAAAGUUAAUGACCAUUGACCUGGGUGCAAAAUUCAGCAGAACUGGCCAUGGGAAAAACAAGCAAGAAUUUAAUGUUUACUCCAAAAUCAAUUUAGUUAUUAUUGGGGGGGUGCGAGCAACUAAGGGUUACGAUAGAACCACCGAGCACGACAUUAACACGUACAUAGCUAAGUGGUUCCGGUUUGCUCCAUUCACAACUAAAGCCAAAAAGUAAUCACGAUGUCUUCCCAUCGGACGAAGCGACGUAAAUUCCAACAUUC